CCGGCGGCGCCGAUGGGGCUGCGGGCCUGGCUGCGCUCGCUCGGCUGCUGCGGCUGCUGCGGCGGGGAGGCGGCGGCGCCCGAGAAGGAGCCCCUGCUCAGUAACAACAACCCCUACGCGUCCUUCGGAGCCACCCUGGCGCGGGAUGAGGAGCAGAACCUGUGGAGCACCCCCCACGACGUGACCCACACCGAGGCCGACGACGACCGCGUGCUCUACAACAUGAUCGUGGUCAGGAGCCAGCUGGACAAGGACUCGGAGGAGUGGCAGAAGCUCAACUAUGACAUUUAUACUUUACGGCAGACCCGGAAAGAAGUGAGGAGCAGGUGGAAACACAUUUUGGAGGAUUUAGGUUUCCAGAAGGAAGCAGAUUCCCUCUUGUCAGUGACCAAACUCAGCAUCAUCAGCGACUCUCAGAACAUGAGCAAAGCCCGGGACAUCUUGUUAAAGCUCUCAGAAGAGACCAACAUCUUCCCGACCAGCUGGGAGCUUUCCGAGCGCUACCUCUUCGUGGUGGACCGCCUCAUCGCCCUGGACGCCGCGGACGAGUUCUUCAGGAUGGCCAGCGCGGUGUAUCCGAAGCGGCCCGGCGGGGACAGGGCGGACGAGGCCCCGCGGCCCCUGCAGAGCGUCCCCACGGUGCCCUGAGGAACGUGCCUCACCGGCGUGACAGCGCUCCUGGACAGGCUCCUGGGGCAGCAGAACGCCCUCCUGGUUUCCCUGUGGAGAAGCGAGGGGCGGGCGGGAGAGCAGCGAGCCGUGCCCGGCAGGAGCGCACGGAAAGGCGGACGCUGGCCCCGCAGGGCACGAGGGAGUGACAAGUGCCCUCGAGUAGCCCCGGUGGGACACCACUGGACAAUAGUGUGUGCAGUAGGCACGGGGAGGAUCUGCCAUGCAAGGCGUUGCUGCCAGGAGCUGCAGAGGUUCAGGUGCCUCUAGCUCCAAGGGCUGUGAGGAAAUCCACCUUUCCACCUUCUGCUGGUUCCUGCCACUGUCCCCUCCCUUGGGCCUGCCAGCCAGGAGGAGCAGCGAGACAGGAUAAACACCUCCAUCAUCCACAACUCUGUGACUCUGUGCACUGGUCCUCUUCCUCACCCCAGCCCUCCAGGCAGGUGCCAGGGGAUUUGGGAAAGAGGCAGGAGCCGUGCCAGGACAGGAUUUCAUUCCAGGCAGCAAAGCCUUGGAGCAGUGUCACGGCUGGGUGCUCCAUCCCCAGCCAUUAGUGGCUGAGGGAUGUUUUUAUCAGGGGUGCUCAGCUUGACAUCUUAAAAGAAGGUAGAGUUUAGGAAGGUGCCAAGUUCAGAGCUGCUGAGAAUUUGGCUCUUGGAACAUUGAUUGCCCAGCAUCUCAACCUAUUUUGAAAAGUUUUGAUCUUACUUGCCUAAAAAAACCCCACCACAAAGCUGCAUGUACUUGGCAAUAUAAAAAUCCUCAUUACCAGCAGGGAUGGUAUAAUGAACAUCCUUUUAAUCUUGGGGUUUUGUCUGAUAAUGAGCAAUAAUUUUUAAGCACUGGAUUUGAUAAUUUAAAAACAAGUGGAAGUUCUUCACUGAUGAACACACAUGCUGCUAAUCGGCCAGUUGAAAAUGCUGGUUACACAGGACCUCCCAAAGUAGCAAACCAGAGCUUUUAUUUGUUUAUACCUACAGUGUUUGAAAAACAAAAAUAUUUAUGAGCUGUUUUUGUUUGUCAGUCUUCCUGGAAACAUUUUUGUCAACUCAGAACAGCAGGGAAAACUGAGUUUAAUAAAGAAAACCAGCCUUUCUUACUC